AUGGACUACUCUGUAGCGCAUAAGGUACGAUAUGGUACCCAUAUGCUAGCGGGAGAAGCUGAUGUUUGGUGGCUAGAGACUCGUCAGAGGUUGGAGACUGCAGGUGAAGUUAUCACUUGGGAUGUAUUCAGUAGGGAAUUUCUGAGGAGGUACUACCCUGAGGAUGUCUGCGGGAAGAAGGAAAUUGAAUUUCACGAACUGAAGAAUGGAAAUUUGUUGGUUACGGAGUAUGCUUCUAGAUUCGUGGAACUGGCAAAGUUCUAUCCUUAUUAUAACGAGGCAACUACUGAGUUUUCCAAGUGUAUCAAAUUUGAGAACGGGUUACGCCAGAGAUUAAGAAGGAAGCCUUAUGAUACUCCAACUGGUAAAAGCAAACAGAAGGUUGCUAAGGGUAAGAGGACUAGUAGAGGAUACGCUCCUGCUGGUAUUGUAUGUUUCAAAUAUGGGAAACCAGGUCAUAAAAAUAAUGCAUGUACUCGAGAUGUAAAGAGGUGUUUCCGUUGUGGUAAAGUCGGACAUGAAAUAGCUGAUUGUAAGCAUAAAGAAGUAAUUUGCUUCAACUGUGGCGAAGAAGGACAUAUUAGUAGUCAGUUCCAGAAGCCGAAGAAAGCACAAUCUGGUGGGAAAGUGUUAGAAGGCAUAUUAGUAGGUAGUUAA